AUGGAGUCACCACCUAAGGUCAAAAGAUCGACCCACGUCAUCACUAUACAACCAAAUGAAACUGUAUUGACUGCAUUUCCCUAUGGACCCCAUAGCUCUCUACUGGAUUUCCUGAAGGGAGAGCCGAAAGUCUUGGGGGCUAUCCAGAUCCUGCUUGCCCUGAUCAUUGCAGGCGUUGGAAUUAUAUUUGCAUUUAAUUACUUGAAUUUCUCCCAGAGCUUUCCCCUCGUUUUCUUCACAGGAUAUCCAUUCUGGGGAGCAUUUAUUUUUUUUAUUACAGGAUACCUCACAGGAAUCAACAACAAGGAAAAAUGUCUGGGACAAGGCGUCACGGUCAUGAAUGUUAUCAGCUCCUUGGUUGCAGUAGCUGGGAUUACUUUCACCAUUGUCAGCUACAGAUAUCAGCACAAGUACUGCCAGACGCUUUCCGUUGAAGGAAUAUGUGUUAUAGGUAGAAUCCUUUUCAAUGGAAUUUUGUCAGUCUUACUGAUCAUCACCAUAGUAGAACUCAGCAUCUCUGUGACUAUCGUUUCCUUUAGGAGCAAGUGCUGGACAAAGUCAAAUGAGAUUGUGUUUUUCUUGCCUACGGAUGUUACUCAAGACAGUGAAUUCUCUGUUCCAGAAGAAAAUGCUGUAAUACAAUUUGAGCUUCAAGAAGAGUCUUCCAGUGAGGAUUCAAUAACAAACAUACAACCUAUUUUCUUUGGAGGCUAUACUUUCUUCAAGUUAAGAGUCUUAAGAAAUCCUUUAGCCUUCCAACGUUUAGGGAAGAGAGGCAGCGAUAGUUACUACACAUCUGUAUCUGUGCCAGACGAACAAGAGAAAAGUAUCCCUCCACCCUUAAAACUUUACGAGGAAGAAGUUGAGCUGAAACCUUUGCCUCCCACAUUAGAGAAAAGGCCCUCAGAAAAUAUUAUGCACCCUGAACAAUUGACUGAUGAAGACCUAAAAUCUGCUAUCUUACAACCCCCAAAAAGGCAAACCCAAUUGCUGCAGGCCCAAGCAUUACCACUCCAAGUUUUUCCACCCCGUUCUCUAAAACAACUUCAAGUGUUACCACCCCAAGACUUGCCAUCUCAAGCUCUGCCAGCCCAAACUCUACCAGUACAAGCCCUGCUGUCUGAAGCCCCAACAUCCCAUGUCACACAGUCUCAUAGACUGACAUCGGAAGACAUGCCAUCCCAAGACAUACCAUCCCAAGACAAGCAAUCCCAGGACAUGCCAUCCCAAGACACACAGUCCCUAGACAUAUCAUCUCAAUACCCAUCAUCCCAAGACAUGCUAUCCCAAAAUACACCAACCCAAGACAUGCCUUCCCAAAAUAUACUUUACCCAGUACAAGCUUUGCCAGCACAAACCAUGCUAUUUGAAGCCCCAACAUUCCAUGCUGCACAGUCCCCAAAUACACAACACCUAGAUCAGAAACCCCCAGAUCUUCAACUACAAAACAUCCAACCUCAAGACCAGCAGUUUAUACAUGUAUCAUAUCAAGACAUUACAUCAGAAGUUAUGUUACUGACCCAAGAAUGGAAAUCUGUGGAGGAACUCCGAGGCAAGAAAUUCCCAAAGCGGCAUUCUCUAGACAGGCAAAGCAAAGGUGGGCAAUCCCCAAAGCAGCAUUCCUUAGGCCAGCAAAGGAAAGGCUUACAAUCUCCAAAGCGUAAAUCCCUAAACCUGCAAAUCCAAGAUCAGCAAUCUCCAAAAAGGAAAUCCCUAGACCAGCACAUCCGAAGUUGGCUAUUCCCCAAGAGGCACUCUUUAGAUAAGCAAGUCUGUGUUAAGCAAACCACACAGCAACCCCCAGAUCAGCCAGCUGAAGAUCAGCUGACCCAAGGGGAGCAAUCCCUAAAGCAACAAUCCCAAAAUGUACAAGGUGAAAACCAACAGGGCAAAGAGGAGCUAUUCCCAAAGGAACAGUCCAAAGAUGGAAAAGAUAAAGAUCAACAGGCUGAUAAAAAGCAAUCCUCCAAGAAACAAACCCAACAUCAGCAAGCUGAAGAGUGGCAGGUCCAAGAGGAGAAAUUCCCAAAGCAGCUGUGCCAAUAUUGUCAAUCCAAAAUCCAGGAAUACCAAGACAGGCAACCCCCAAGAAAGCAGUCUCCAGACUGGAAAACCCAACAAUCCCAAGGCUGGAGAAACAAAGAUUGCAAAGCACAAGAAUGGCAAUUUGAAAUGCAGCAUUCCCUAAAUUGGGGAUCCCAAGGCUGGCAAACCCAAGAUCUAUUACAGAAAGAAUCCCUAAAGCAGAAAGCUCUAUUCCAAGAAGCCCAAAUGGUACAUGCCAUAACUCGACAUCACCUAGUUCCGCAAUUACAAGACAUUCUAUUUCAAGACAAUCAGUAUGAAGAUACGGAUCAACAAGACUUUCAAUCCACAGGUGUCCAAGAAGAAGAUAUGCAAAUAGACACUAUGCAAACAAGAGAUAUCAAACCAAGGGACAUGAAAAGUCAGUACCAAAACCCAAGUGACCUGCAAUCAGAAAACACGAAGCCAGAUUUUCACUCUUCCUCCUGCCAAAGCUCAAUACAAGACACGUAUUUCACCUAUUUGUCCAAUAUAGAUUCAGAAAAAGAUGUGCAACAAAACAUUUCAAUUUGCUCAACUUCAUACAAAGAAGAUCCAUCCUUAACUUCUACCUCAUGUUCUCCAAAAGAUCAACAGCAAUCUGAAGACUCUGACUAA